AUGUCGAUAAAGCCAUACACCGGACAAAAUUACACGGACGUUAUUGAAAAACUGAACUAUGAACGGAUGUUAUUCGAGCUUCCUGUGAUAGUGGUUAUCGGUGUCAUCAUGGCGGUGUCUGUGUUUGGGAACAGCCUGGUUGUGUACGUGUACAAGUCCAAGUACAAGAAGAGGACGUCCAGCUACUUCAUCAUGGUCUUAGCAGUCGUCGACUUGUGCAGCUCCCUGUGUAUUCCAUUUGUCGUCUUUGACUUGGCCAACCCGUACAUGCACCCGGUGCCUGUCGUCUGCAAGAUCAACCGAUUCAUGGAAGUGUUCAGCAGUACCUCGUCUGGUCUGGUUCUCGUCUGUAUCGCCUUUGACAGGUAUUUUCACGUGUGCCACCCACUUCGGGUCUAUUCGCGAAACCAGGCCCAGUCUCUGACCAUCGUCAUGGUGGCGCUGGCGGCGAGUGUGUCGUGGCCCAUGCUAUUCUUGGCUGGGAGGAAGACGGCACCAACGCCACUGCCUGGAGUGUUUGGAGACGACUGCUCCUACAGAGACGGCAUGGGCCACUCCGUCUAUAUGCUCUUGUUCCAGAGUGGACUGUUCCUGAUGUUUUCACUCACUUUUUGCAUAGCCCUUGUUUUCUACUCAAAAAUAUUUUAUGUCAUAUGUAAACGAAAAUACACGACUAUUGGAGAAAAAUGUACAAAACUAAAGGAGGAAACAUCACUUACAGAAAGUACACGAAACUCUGACAAUAAUAUUGGUCCAAACAGUUUUGUGUUUGUAGUCAAGAACACAAUUACGCCGAACAAGAACACAAACACCGCAAAGCCGAACGAACACCUGUCGAUGCAAGAACCAUCGCGACAUAGUCAUCCUGAAUCAAAUGAAUCCGAGGACAAGACGUCAGCUCUUAAUUGUUCUGUAAUGUCGGUGUCCACAAUUACAAAUGCGAGUCUGUGUGAAAGAAUGCCCGUCGUUCGAAGCUUCGAAGCUUCAGACAACAAUACCUCAGCUCUUACUAAUCACAGCUUUAAAAAAAAUUCAAAUUCUUCUGUAGUUUCGGAGCCCGCAAUUACAAAUGCCAGUCUGUGUGAAAGAAUGUCCUCCCAGAAAUCGUCAGUCACUUCUAGAAAAAAUGCCAGUCGCAUGGGCUCCCGGCAGAUCAGGACAACUCGCACGACGGUUGUGCUCGGGAUGAUCACCCUAUCCACGCUAAUAGGCUUCCUGCCCUACCUGACCGUUAGUCUGAUGAUGAACUUCAGCAGGUUCUUCCAGCCAGGGAUGUCGUCUGCGGAGGAUCUCACCUAUGAGUUCUGCAGCAAGUCAUUCUUCCUGAACGCAGCCGUAAACCCCGUCAUAUACAGCGCCCUGAAUCCCGUCUUUAGACGAGAAAGUGUGGCGCUGUUAAAGAAGUUUCCUGGCAUGUUUCUGAGGAGUAAUCACCCUAAACACCCAGCAAGGGCACAGCAAAUAAUGUGA